AUGCUUCCUGUCUCUCGCAACAUCGCCCGCUCGUUCUUGCCCUCAAACCAGGAACUUAGCUUCGUUGGAUCGUCUCUGGAUAAGGGGAAAUACAAAGUCACCGGUUUUCUUGGUCGCGGCUCGUCGGGCGCCGUCAUCUAUCGUGUAUCGGACGAAGAGGGAGAACAUGCUGUGAAGCGCGUCGACACCAGGAUCGACGCCCUUGAAUGGUCGACGAAGAAUGAACAUAUCCUCCAUAGCUUCGUUUCCGAGCAUCCCCAUGUCAUCUCAUACCACGGCUUUUUCGUCGACUCGCAACAUACCCAUCUCCUUACCGCCGUAUGCGAGGGCGGACGACUAUGCGACUUCGUGGACGAGACCCCGCUUUUUUGGCGGAACGAUGAGAACAUACGCAGGGUCUUUCUGUCCAUAGUCCGCGCCGUGCGAUAUUGCCAUUCUCGUGGCAUCGCGCAUCGCGACAUCAACCCCGAAAAUGUGUUGGCGGUAGACAAAUUUGGAGAUACGUUUGUCUUGGCGGAUUUUGGAAAGGCGACGACGGAGAAGAAGUCAAAACAGUUCGGACUAGGUUUGGCAGCGUAUUCCGCUCCUGAAUGCUUGGCUGGCGAAUCCCAUACAGCUUACGACACGAGGAUAGCGGACGUUUGGUCACUGGGCAUCCUUCUUCUAAACAUGGUGACCGGCGCAACACCAUGGACCGCACCGCGGACCUCCCACGCCGCUUACACCAGCUUCCUCUCAGAACCCAUCCACCUGCAGCGAAUUUUGCCCGUGAGCGGCGACCUCGUUGCACUGCUCGCACGCGUCCUCGACCCACGCCCGAGACGGCGCAUGUCCAUCGUUGAGCUCGAGCGCGCCGUUGUGGCUAUGCGGUCAUUUAGCAUGAGCGACGCGGAGCUCGGGCUGGAGCACCGUUCGGCUGCGCGAGGGCGGGUGGAACUGCGCGCGCGUCUUUUGGGCGUUCCGUGGCAGGCUCCGCCGAUCAGAAGCAUCCACGACAGCGACAGCAGCGGCGAUAGCCUGUGGUCCCGCUCAGGCUCCAGCACGACGUCGAUUUGGAGCUCCCGGGAUGGACAUGGCGGUUCCACUCUGCGAAGAUUAUCUUCGCUCUCCCUCCGCUUGAGAAGCCGGCCGUCGUCUUUCACUAUCAAGAGCCGAUUGUCCACGAUUGCCGCAUAG